CAUCUGUGCAUGGAAUAUGAUGAAGAUGAUGAUAUUUUCUUUGCAAAAUGGAUGAGCAGCUUCUGGGGCCACAACUUGAUCGAUGAGGAGAAGGAAGGCAGAGGCCACAAGAAACGUCAGCCACAACUCUGGAGUGAGAGGAGAGCAUCCCUGCCGGCCAAGCUUUCCUCCCUCCAUACAACACGACUUCAUGCUUCUGCCAAGGGCUCAUCUUCAGGCCACCUCAGGGGCUCCAAGGAAUUUCAAGAAGACCAAGAUGUCAAAUGUCACUGCCACAGGAAGGCAAGCAGAACACCUUCAGCAGACAGCUCAUGUCCAGAGACGAGAUCAAACUCCAUUCAGGAAUUUGCAGAGUCCUUUGAAAAGCAAUUGCAUCUCAAAAGCAAACGCUCCGUUUCUUUGCAACCUGAAGGUGCAAAAGAGAGACGAGAAAGAGAAAAAUUGCAUUUGAGAAAAAGCAAGUCUCAUAAGAAAAUGGGAGAGAAAUCAGAGGCAAGGAGAGAGCGGGACGAAGCUGAAAGUUCAGAAGUACCUGCAAAACACAGUGAACAGUUUCCAUCACAAGCAAGCAUUCAGAAAGGUUAUGUAUCCACAGGCAGCUAGAAUGCAUUGAGAAAAUCCAUCUUAACACUCCCCCUGAAGAGCAGAGGGAGCAUUUGUGUUCUGUUUUGACUAGAAGCAGCCUGUUAGGUAGAAUAACCCCUAAGCUGUAAAAUAAAAGUAAAAUCAACUGCAUUGCUGGCACCAUGUUACUACCGUCCUUUUGUCACUAGAAAUAUGACCUUUGUCAUAGGACUGUAUCAGUAGCAAGAUCCAAGUUAGAGAUUAACCACCAUAAGAGGAUUUCAGGCAUAUUUAGCAUUGCAGCAGGACAGUGGUGGAUGCAUUCCUUUAAGAGGAGGCCACCACCUAUGUGUUACAGAGCCAUGCAAAGCCUUAUGUUCCUUUUUUAAUUGAAAACAAGCUUUUUGGUAGGUUUGGGAAGAAAAAAGUACAUAUAAACAGCCAACUGCUUCCUGACAUUCACUUAGAAUUGUCUUGAAAACAGGUAUCUUUUUGCUCUGACAGUCUUUCAGCUCCAAAUGUAUGUAAUUAAGAGAAGCCCAUGUUCUCUUCUACACCUCCCUGAUGUUUCACUUCUCAUUGCUUUUCCUGUCACUCUGCAGUGUGACUCAUUUCACUGGCAUCUCCCAGCCCUCUCCCAUGUCCUCAGUCCCAUUUCCCCACUCACACAAUUAGUUCUUUCUCUCAGCUUUACCCACAGAAUUCACAGAAUGACUAGGUUGGAAGAGAUCUUAAAGAUCAAGUCCAACCCAUGCCCUAACACCUCAACUAAACCAUGGCACUGAAUGCCAUAUGCAGUCUUUUUUAAACAUCACCUCAUUACCUUGCUUCUUUUGUGACCUUUCCUCUCUCCCUUUACUAAUUUACUGCCUUGUAGCUGCCAACCUCUUCUGCUACAACUCUACUUUUGCUUCAUUAACAUCUGAAUUUUCUAGUAAAACCAGAGAUGUUCUGGUUCUCCAUAUUUCCAUAGAAUAUCUUCAAGGAGCUGAUGGGGCAUUGCAACACUUUUUCCUUUUCCAGAAUUUGGGCCAAACUGGCUGUCUAUGGUGAGCAGGACCUGGGAAAAGGCUGAUCCUCUGGUUGAGGAUCUCCUGAACAUGGGUGUAAAUCUCAUCUCCACAUGCUCACAAACACAUACACUCUCCCACAAUCCCCCUGUGCUCCCCUCUCUUCAAAGUGCCAGUGUUCUCUGCAGAUACAACCCUUCCCUCUUUGGGAAUAAUCUUCCCAGGCCUAGUAUGGAGAAAGCCUGAUUUGGACAAUACAGGGAGAAAAGAGUGAAGAGUAAUGAAGUCAUGAGCAAAAGUCAAGGUCUGAUGGAUAUUCUUCCUGUGAUUUUUCUGUAAUUAACAAAAAUCUUACUAAUUUACCUUAGAGCCUUACUUUUGAAUAUUCAGCCCUUUAAAAGCUUAGGGCAUCCUUAAAACUUUGUAACACUUAUAGACAUUAAGGGAUUGAGUUGUUUGGGGUGUUUUUGUUUAGAGCUUUGGGGGAUAUAUGAGAAAACAAUUGAAUCCUUACUGAUGCUUGU